UAAAAGUAAAACAUAACAUAUUUUGAUUUAACAGCGUAAAAACUGAAUAAGAGGUUAUAAAAGUUAAGAAUUUUUUGUUGUUUUGCUUUGAAAACAAAAAAAAAGAGCUGGGAAUAACUAAAUAGGAGUAGUGGAAAUAAUGAGGGGAGUUGGUUCUGCAAUAACACUGGUUAUUGUGAUCUCAUUGCAGAUCAUACUACCAAGUGAAGGGAAGUUUUUUAACAAACUGAUUAAUCAAGCCAAACGUAACAGAGUCAAGAGGUCAUGGAGUUACCCGGUCAUUUCAAUUCCUGAAACUACAGAUCGCGAUCCACCAUUUGUUAGAAAGAAUAUACUAGAUAUCACAAAUGACAAUCCAAAUGUGAAAACUUACGAACUGCAAAACGAGGAUCCAACUAAAUUCGCAAUAGAGUUUAGUGCAGUGGAUCCAAGUGCUGGAGCUUCUAUAUGGCAGUUGGUAGGGUUAGAUCGUGACGUGCCAGGCGGGGAUAAAUAUAUCUUCUAUGCUGUUGUUCGAGACGCAGCUGGAAAUGAGUUGGAUCGAGUAACGUUAGAAGUUGUGGUUACUGACAGGAAUGAUAACAAACCAAUCUUUGAUAUAUCUACUUUACAAGGAAGUGUACAAGAAGGUGUUUCACCUGGUACCCCUGUGAUGACGGUGGUGGCAAACGAUGCCGAUGACCCGAAAUCUCUUGAUCAGAAUGGAAAGGUCAAUUAUGUUCUUGGACCUGAAGAAGAAGUACCACCAGCACCUGGAGGUCGUCGCCGUUUUGCAAUUUCCCCCACUGGAGUUAUCACAGUGGUUGGAGAUCUUGACAUUGAAACUGCCCCAACAGUUAAUGUGGUGAUCAUUGCAAAAGAUGGAUUCAUAGGCGCAUCGAGUGGUUGGUCUGCUUCAGCUACUGCUACCAUCCAAAUACAAGAUGCAAACGAUAAUAAGCCUGUGUUUCAAAACACCCCUUAUAAUGCAAAGCAAGGAGAAUUAUUACCUCUGAGAUCAACUGUGUUUACUGUGUCUGCCACGGAUGCGGAUAUUGACUUGGAAAACAAAGGGGUCACGUUCGAAAUUGUAGCAGGCAAUGACGACAACACCUUUAUUGUCCAAAGUUAUCCUCGUGGGGCCGGGGCAAGUACUGGGGACAUUAUCCUUAACAAAAAUUUGGAUUAUGAGAAUGGACCAAAACAAUACACUCUUCUUGUUAAAGCAUUUAAUGCACAAGCUUCGAACAGUGGUGUACAACAGUUUCAGGCCACAGAAACGGUUAUUGUCAAUGUAUUAGAUGAAAACGAACCCCCGGUGUUUAUAAACCAGCCUUAUGCUGGUAACAUUGUUGAGAAUGAUGUUCCGAAACCCAACAUUGCGUUUGUUCGAGCCCAGGAUUAUGAUUUUGGUGGAAACCAAACAGUAACGUAUGGCAUGGUCAGCACUGAGGGUUGGUUCACCAUUGCAGCAGAUGGUGCUAUUAGUUCUGUGGGCCCAGUUGACCGGGAACAUCCAUCUGUCAAUCAAACUAACAGCGUAUACACCCUGGUUGUAAGCGCAAUUGAUAAUUAUCGAGUCAAAGCAACAGCAACCGCCAAUGUAGCAAUUACAAUUGGAGAUAAAAACGACAACGCACCUGAACCAGAUGGUCCAUGGACAGUCACAAUAUGUGAGAAACCUCCCACCCCAUUUGUUACCAAUAUCAAGAUAAAGGAUUUAGAUGAGCCCCAAAAUGGAGCCCCGUUCUCUGUUUCGCUAAACGACAACUCCGGACUCUGGGUCGUUGGAAUCUCGGCGCUAAUAUCUGGCGAUCCUAUGUCACGUUCCAUUAACACACUCACUAAGAGCUUUGACGUUGCCCAACAAUCUAAGUACGAGGUCCCAAUCAUCAUGUCCGAUGGUGCAACACCACCAGAACCAAAGCUAACAAGCACCAAUACAUUAGUUAUCAACAUAUGCCGUUGCAAUGACAACGGUGAAUUUAACUGCGAGAAAAUGGUCCCCGUCGCCGGGGCAGGGUUCCCUGUUGCCGUUCUUAUAGCUAUUAUUGCUGCUAUACUUAUCCUACUAAUCAUCGUACUUGCGGUGGUUGCAUACCGACGACGACAACAAGCUGGUUUGGAGAAGGAAGUUUUAUUGGACGACGAUGACGUUCGUGAAAACUUACAAGCUUAUCAUGAUGAGGGUGGCGGCGAAGAGGACAAUGAUGGUUACGACAUCAGUGCACUACAAGCACAACCUCCAAACACUGGAAAACCAAAGGUAGUUGACGUACAACCAUUAGGUGGCGCACAGCCUGAGAUACGACGACCGAUACAACCAGAUACUGAUAUCGGAAACUACAUUGGAGAUGCGAAGCAGCAAGCCGACAACGACCCCACAGCGCCACCUUUUGACUCGUUGCUUGUAUUUGACUACGAAGGUCAAGGGUCAGAUGCGGGGUCAUUGAGUUCUUUGAACUCUGGCACAACAGACGCAUCCCAGGAUUACGAUUACCUCAACAACUGGGGUCCUCGGUUCAAGAAACUUGCCGAUAUGUACGGAGGUGGUGAGAGCGAUUAAACACUAGGUGGAUUGUGAUUGGACACUAGAGGCAGAGGAGAGAGGAUAUUAUUAUUUCGUUUCUGACGAAAAACGCGAAAUUUAUUUUUUAAGCAUUCCGAGAAUAGUAGACUUUUUUAAGAGCUGAUUUACAGUGUUUCCAGCUAUUUUAAGGAAACAACCACCGCUUUUAAAUGUGCACCACUGUCCUGUGGGCUUAUGCUGUAUAUAUAGCAUUUUAUGACAAUCUUGUGUUGGUGCUGAUGUGUAUAUUAUGUCUAACUAAUGGUUUCAUAUUUAUCGGGAAAUAAUUUUAUGCAUAUAUUGAAAAUAAUGAUUUAUCAUCAAAUUCUUGUCUUCUGUAAUUGUUUGUUUUCUUGCUACUUAUAAAGUACUUGUGUGUGUUUUUUAUGUAGUGCUUUUUACCGUAAUUGAAACACUGGAAGGCCAACUCUUAUGGAGUCGAUACAUUAAUGAAUUAUUUUAGCAUCGUUACUUUUGUAUAUACCCACAUAAUGUAGUAUGACGUCACACUGCUGCCAGAUACGUCACAAUUACGUUGUAGAUUAUUUAAAAAUGAACUUUAUAAACUGUAAGCGAAAAACUUGGUGCCUUUUAUAGGUUUUACCUUUUUAAAGAAAGUUUUUAUAAAAUUGUGGAAUUUGGAAUACAAAAAGCUCUGUUUAAAAUA